CGCCACAAUGCGUCUACCACUGGUCAUCGCUCUUCUCGCGCUCAUGACUGUCACGUUGGGUCACAUGACUGAAGUCGAUCUCAAGAGAGCUCAUCAACUUGGAAAAAGCAGGCACAUGCAAGUCGAUGAGGAUGCUUCUCCGAUGGAAUUCCUCCAUUCCGUCGCCACCCGAAUGCAAAAGAUUCGUGUGCCACUGCGCGAGAAAAUUUGCCAAUGGUCCAAGGAGAGUGAAGUCGGCCAGAAGUUCCGAGCAGCUCGAAAAGCCAUGAGAGAAGCAAUAAUGACU